AUGGUGUUCUUCUCGUGCAACAACUGCGGUGAGGCGUGCAAAAAGAAUCAGGUCGAACGGCACCUGUUCCAGUGUAGAAACACAACGUUCAGUUGCAUUGAUUGUCAGCUCAUUUACACCCGCGACACGUACAAGGACCACGUGAAAUGCAUCACCGAGAAUCAAAAGUACGGUGGAAAGAACUAUGUGGAGAAGGAGAACAAGGGCGAGGCGAAACAGAAUGCGUGGGUGGAUCAGGUGAAUCGAGCCAUCGAAUUCGUGACGGAUCACCAGGUGAAAGAGCUGUUGAAGAGUGUCGCAGGCUUUGCGAAUAUCCCCAGAAAAGAGGCGAAAUUCAUCAAUUUUCUCACCAACUCUUGCCGUUUGAGAGAUAAGAAUUUGGCGUUGAGAGCUUGGCAAGCGAUCGCUGCGGAGGCGGAGAAGAUGAGAGAGGAGGCGAUUCGGAAGCAGGAGGAGAUGCAGAAGGCCGAGAAGGCUCAAAAGGAAGCUGCUGCAGCUGUCAAAGCCAAGGAGACUACCACGACGACGUCAGCAGCUCCAGAUGAGGCUCCAGAAGCUCCAGAAGAAGCCACGCCUACAGUAUUCAAGUGGAAGAAGGUGAUCAAACGGAAAUUGAAGGAAAACGGAGGAGAAAUGAAGAUCAAGAAGCUCAAAAAGGAGGUUAUCAGCGAGUUCUCAUCAGAAGCACGAACUGAGGAACCAGAAGACGUUGCGGCGGUGUUCGAGGAGAAACUUCAGAAGUGUGGAGGCGUGAAUGUUGAUGGGAAGAUGGUGUCGUUGAUGGUUGCCGCCUAA